AUGAAUCACAGAGUUAUUGAGAUAAAGCAGCUGAGGGGAGAGUGUCGUGUUGUUGAGGUGGAGCCAGACCACGCAGUGUACAUUGCAGAUAUAUCUGAGUCGCAGGUGGUUAUUAAAGGAAAGUGCAUGAAAGUGGUUGCGAUUGAUGUGCAGAAGAGCAUGAUAGCAGUUCAUUCAGUUGCUGUCACAGUGGAGGUCGCCCGGGCAAAGGCGUCGCUGUUUGUUCUGGGCGCGUGCCCGAUGGCAGUGCUUGAGCAGUGCGUUGAGUGCCGCAUAGGCGUGGUGGGAAAGAAAGCGGAGAUGCGGCUGCGGAGAUGUGCGUCUCUUUCACUCGUGCGCCUAGAGGGUGUAAACAUGGAAAAGGAGACUCCCGAGUCGCUGGAUGAGAUGUGCCGGAGCAAGAAAGAGGAGCACCUUCCAGACGAGAUGCAGAUUCUUUUGGAGGAGGGUGCUGUGAAGAGCAGUAUAGUAAAAAAUGGAUAA